AUGUUAGUCCUGAUUAAACGGUCCAAAACAGACCCCUUCCGCAAUGGUUGCACCCUAACCCUAGCGAGGUCCACUACCUCCAUCUGUGCUGUUAUGGCUAUGAAAGACUAUGUGUUACAAUGCCAACCAUCAUCAGCAGGCCCCCUGUUCACCUUUACUAGUGGCAAGUGGCUCACCCGAACUUCUCUCACUCAUGAACUCCGUGACGUCCUGCAGCAAUGCGGCAUACAACCUCAACACUAUUUCUCGCAUAGCUUCCUUAUUAGCGUUGCGACUACUGUAGCUGCUGCAGGGAAUCAAGGUGUUGGGCCGCUGGUCUUCUGA